AUGGCCGGUCCUAGCCCUCUGCUUGAGGAUCUUGACGUGGACAUUAUUGCUGAUGAGUGCCAGGACUCGCAGUGCAUACCUGAUGGGAUGGAGGAGGUCGUCGACUGCUGUAUGAGCAGCAGCGGGGCUGAGGCCGACUUUGACCGCAUGGUGGGGGCGCUGGAGGACAUCAUCACAGAUGCGGAUUUUGAGGAGGCCCAGACGUCCUUCUGCGCCGCGCACUGUGCGGUGUUUGAGGACAGUGAUGAGAACAAGCUGGAGUACAUGGAGCUCUUCCAACAAUACGUGGACGUGCUGGACGGUGUGAUUGCGGCGCGCCUGGCGGAGGCGCUCCCGGAUCUGCCCCUCCACGACUUCCUGCACCAGCUCAGCGAGCACGGGGAGGCGGAGGGCGACGUCUUCGACUUCCUGAUGACGCUGUGCGACUUCCAGGCCUUCAAGGACCUCAUGCUCAGCUACAAGCAGCAGGCGGCCGGGGCCGUCCCUUCGCUGCAGCUGCUGGUGCAGCCCAUGCCGCUGCUCACCGACGAGGACGCGAGCGGCGACGCGCGGCCCGACCUGGACACGCACCUCCAGAUCUCGCCAAUCCGCCGACAGCUUGCGGCUCUCACGUAAGCGACCGCCGAGCUCCACACAUCCCAUAUGCCGACGGCUACACGGAAAGGGUCGCCGAUUCGGGACGACGUCAAGCACGUGAGAGGAAUUUCUGUACCGUUGAAGCCUGAUGGAGGCGCAGGCGCCGGUGCAGAGCUAGGAGGCUGAGAACACAUGACAAACUUGCUUUCUGGAAAGAGGACUGAGACUAGGUUAAGCAAGCCCAAAAGGAACCCUUUCCAGCACAACAAAGGUCUCAACUGAACACAAAACCAAACCGUAACAUAAAAAGAGGUUUAGUCCCAGCGGACUCUCCUCUUGAGCGAGUCAGUCGCGUACGCUUUU